CGUUAUUUUAAUCUAGUCGUCAAUACUAUCGUCCUAUAUGUUAGGGUUUUUAUUGUUUUGUCCAUUGAAGCAUAAAACUUUCGCAGUGAAUCAAUCACAGUUUUGUUGUUAACUGCAUGUGUUGGUUGUAUCAUGUAUUCAUCUAGAGGGAGUAAUGCGUACGGGCAGGCCUCGUAUGCUGGUCAAUCUGCUUAUGGACAAACUUUGGGACCUGGAUAUUCUGGGAGUUCUGUUGGAGUGCCAGAGGGAAGCUCUCAAGUUUCUUUGUCAUCUCGGCAUUCCUCAAUGCUAGGUACUUCUCAGGAGGCAGAAGUUGGUGGGUACAGAGGCCAUACUGCUGCUGCACCUCAUUAUGGGGGUCAGUAUAGCUCUGUUUAUGGUUCUGUUGCUUUAAGCGGGGCACAACAGGUUCCUGCUAUAAAUGUCAAAGGGACUGGACCAUCAGCCUUGGAAGGUCGUGGUGGUUAUGCAUCAGCUAUACCAGAUUCACCUAAAUUUGCAUCUAGUGACUAUGUUUCAUCAUCAAGCCAUGGAUAUGGUGUUAAAGGUGAUCAAAUAUUUGCAGAGAAGAUCCCUGACUAUCCUGCAUUUGACAGAAGACAAUAUGGUGAGCGACAGAGUGCUUAUAUGGGAAGGGACUUGCAAAGCGAAUCUACUGGACGAUUUGCUGAAACUGUCAGUUUUGGUCAUCAGCAUCAGUCUGAGAUGUAUGAUCGCAUUGAUCAGGCAUCACUGCUUCGACAAGAACAAUUGCUGAAAGCUCAAUCCUUGCAAUCUUCCUCUCUUGACGGGGGCUCCAGACAAGCUGAUUAUCUUGCAGCAAGGGGUACUGCUAGUCGUCAUUCCACUCAAGAUCUUAUGCCUUAUGGAGGAAGAAUGGAUGCUGAUCCUCGCAAUUUAUCUCUGCUUAGUUCUUCAUAUAGUGGACAACAUGCUCCAUCAAUAUUAGGGGCAGCUCCGAGGAGAAAUGUGGAUGAUCUCAUGUAUCCACAAAGUUCUGCUAACCCUGGUUAUGGAGUGAGUUUACCUCCUGGUAGGGACUAUGCAACAGGAAAAGGACUUCAUGCCACAUCUAUUGACCCAGAUUAUCCUGGUAGCAUGUUUUCACGUGGUGGUCAUCCUAGGAUUGAUGAGCACAAGGAUGACAGAGCAAGCUAUCUUCGGGAGUUCGAGCUAAGGGAAGAGGAACGUCGUCGUGAACAUUUACGUGAGCGAGAUAAAGAAAGAGAGAGGGAGAAGGAGCGAGAGCGAGAACGAGAACGACUACGACUAAGAGAACGCGAACGAGAACGAGAAAGGGAACGUGUUUUGGAGCGUCGGAAGGAGAGAGAACGAGUGCGCAAACGUGGGAUUGAAACUAAGCGUGAACGAACUCCACCAAGAGUCUCUAGGGACCGCCGUGGUCCCUCUUUAACAAAGGAGGGAAGAUCCUUGCGGCGAGAUUCACCACGUCAUGAAGUUUUGCAUAGGCGUCAUUCACCUGUUAAAGAAAAAAGGAGAGAAUAUGUCUGCAAGGUUAACUCAUCUGGCUUGAUAGAUGUGGAGAGAGAUUAUAUAUCAAUAGAUAAGAGAUAUCCCAAGCUUUUUGUUUCUCCUGAAGUUUCUAAGAUUGUUGUGAACUGGCCGAAGGAGGAUCUUAAACUCUCGAUUCAUACUCCUGUUAGUUUUGAGCAUGAUUUCAUUGAAGAAGAGAGUGUAGUUGACCCGAAAGAGCCUUCAAUCAAGCCUUUGACUGAAGAACUGGCAUUAUCAGAAAAUGGAAGUACAGUAUGGAAUGCUAAGAUCAUUCUGAUGAGCGGACUUAGUAGGAAUGCUCUUGAAGAGCUGUCAUCUGAAAAGAGUUCUGAUGACCGCAUACCCCAUAUUUGCAAUAUCCUUAGGUUUGCUGUUCUUAAGAAGGAUCACUCUUUUAUGGCAAUUGGUGGACCAUGGCAUUUUGCUGAUGGCAGGCACCCUUCGGUUGAUGAUUCCUCUCUAGUUCAAACAGCCAUUAGAUAUGCAAAGGAUGUGGCUCAACUUGAUUUGCAGAAUUGUCGUAAUUGGAAUCGGUUUGUUGAGAUACACUAUGAUAGAGUUGGCAAGGAUGGGCUGUUUAGCCAUAAAGAGGUGACUGUAUUGUUUGUUCCAGAUUUGUCCGAAUGUCUUCCUUCAUUGGAUGCAUGGCGAGCACAAUGGCUUGCUCACAAGAAGGCCAUUGCUGAGAGAGAACGUCAACUUUCUUUGAGAAAAGAGAGAUCUAGGGAGAAGAAGGAUGGACUGAAAGGUAAAUGCAAUAAAGAAAUGGACUCUUCAAAAAAUGUUGAAAGGAUGGACAAAUCUGAAAAAAAGAAAGAGUCAUCAUCUUCUGGACAGGCAGUUGAUAUUAACAAAAAUGAAAAAGGUGGCUCAAAUAUGAAAGGUAAUGCAGCUAACCAGAAAGGUUAUGGGAGUAACAAGAAAGUUGAAAAAACAGAUGGCAGUGAAUCAGGUGUGGGUGCCAAAAAUAUUGAGAGAAAAGAACAGGGAGAAACUGCUGGUGCUCAGACAGCUGGCAGUGUAAAGCCUGGGAAGAGAAAGAUUAUUAGGCGGAUUGUCAAGCAGAAGGUCACUGAUAAGGCAGCAGGUUUGGAGAAUUCUGACAGCAUCCAGAAUGAAAAGCUGGAUGAGAAUAAUGCAAAAUCAGAGAACUCAGGUCAACAGGAAGAACCUGCAGCUGAACCUGCUGGAGUUAAAACUUUUGCUCGGAAGAAGGUUGUGAAAAAGGUACCGAUGGGGAAAACUACUCAGGAUGAAGACAAAGGCAUCCAGCUUGAGGUGAAAGCCAAGGAGGAAAUGGGUUUUUCUGAUGAUAAACCAGAGGAUAAUUCAGAUCCCAGCAGCACUGCAGCUCUGCAAGAUACCACUGUGAAAACAACCAGAAAGAAAAAAAUAAUUAAGAGGGUGCUGAAAAGGAAGGUCACUGGAAAAGCUAGUGAUGCGGUUGGUGACAGUAAGAUAGAUGACGAUGGGGAUCAGAGGAAGGUACCUGAGGCACAGAACGAAUCAGAAAAUGCAGGGAGGCAGGCAGCUGAUGCAGAGAACGAGCUAAGCAAGGUUAAGAAAACAGAGAAACAAGCUGGUGUGACUAAUUUAAGUAAAACAGAAAUCAAGGACGUAAAGGAGGAUAAGAAAGAUGGAAAGGGAGCUGAUGCAGAGACUGAGGCUGGGAAGGAUAAAGGUUCUCUGAAGGAUAACUAUAAUGGGAACAGGAUAAAAUCUAAAGAAGUGGAAAAAUUAAAAGAUGAAAAAGCACAGAAGGACAUAGAUGGCAAAGCUGACUCUAGAAGUAAUUCUAGAGAAGUGAAAGAAAAGAGAAAGCCUGAGGAACCUCCUCGCCAUCCUGGAUUGAUUCUGCAGACUAAAUGGAACAAGGAUUCUAAAUUGCGUUCUUUGUCACUCUCUCUGGAUUCACUUCUGGACUAUACUGACAAGGACAUUGAAGAAUCCUCUUUUGAGCUUUCAUUAUUUGCAGAAACGCUGUAUGAAAGGCUUCAGUAUCAAAUGGGUUGUCGUCUUUUAGCAUUUCUCGAGAGACUACGCAUUCAAUUUCUGGCCAAAAGGAAUCAACGUAAGAGGCAACGAGAUGAAGUCCAGCUGAAGGAAAAUGAAAAAACAUCACCAGUAAAGCGUCCGAAAACAAUUGAGCUUACCUUGAAAAAUAAGAAUACAGAUUCUGAAGCAACAAAUACGGUGCAACCAGAUGAUGAAAAAACUAUGGUAAAGAAAGAAAUUUCUGUUGAUCAUGUUGGUGAGGCAAAGUUAAAUGUGGAAUCCGAAGAUGAGGAAGAUCCCGAGGAAGAUCCUGAAGAAUGUGAAGAAAUGGAAGAUGCUAGUUCUCAACAGAACUCUUCUGAUGAGAAUGAUGAAGAAAAUGAUAAAACGGAUGCAAAUGCUGAGCCUAGUAAGGAUGCUGAGAAUUUGAAGGAUGAAGCUGAUGUAUGUACCAAGGAGCAAACUAAAAUGGAAGAUACAGAGACAAAACACUUGUCUGAUGUAGAUAGGGAUGAAAAAAGGGGGAGAAAGGUAGAGACAGGGAAGAAAGAGGAUGUUGAUAAGGAACUAUUACAGGCUUUCAGGUUUUUUGACCGGAAUCUAGUCGGCUACAUACGGGUUGAAGACAUGAGGUUGAUUAUCCAUAACUUGGGGAAGUUCCUUUCUCACAGGGAUGUCAAGGAACUUGUGCAAAGUGCAUUACUUGAGAGCAACACUGGCAGAGAUGACCGCAUUCUUUAUAAUAAGUUAGUGAGAAUGUCCAACAUCUGAGGUCUAGAGAUGUUUGGUUUUUAUUUUUAAGUGAACUUCUGAAUUGCAGUUAUACCACACAUUUCACCUUUUUAUAGUUCUUGCUAUUGUUGUUUUUCACUACCA